AUGGCCCCUGAAGCAUUAAUCAAGAUCCCAAACUCCUACGAGAGCCUCGAUUUGACUCAUGUCAAAGUGUCUCACCAUCCUGUAGGGAGUCCGGCAGCAACUCCAGUUGUGAUAGUGACCUUGAAUCGCCCGGAGAAAAACAAUGCAUUCACACCGCAAAUGGCGGAUAGUCUAGAGCUCGCAUUUCGGACUGUUCAUCUGGAUCAUCGAGUCAAAGUGGUUGUUUUGACAGGAGCUGGGAGGAUGUUCUGUGCUGGAUCGGAUUUGGAGAUCGGAUUUUCAAAUGCAGGGAGAGCUGUGGAUUUUCGUGAUAUUGGAGGUCGAGUAGCUUUGGCAAUGCACCGGUGUCAUAAACCGACGAUUGUUGCUUUAAAUGGCUCUGCCGUGGGGGUUGGAAUGACCAUGACUUUGCCGGCAGCUAUUCGAGUCUGCCACGCAACAAGCAAAUAUGGAUUCGUCUUUACGAGACGCGGUCUGACGAUUGAAUCUUGCGCCUCCUAUUUCCUUCCUCGUCUUCUUGGGCUUUCUCGAGCCAUGUCCCUGAUAUCAACUGGCGGGGUCUAUCCCGGAUACUCAACAUACUUUGGGGACUUGUUCACCGAGGAAAUCGCAACCAAUGUCAGUCCAUUGGCAUCGUCGAUGAGUCGAGCUUUGAUGUGGGAGGGCCCUUGUUCGCCCGAGGCAGCGCAUCUCCUGGAGUCGCGGGUAUUUCACCACAUGGCUGGUCAAAGCGACUACAAAGAAGGUGUCAACUCAUUUCUUGAAAAGCGUCAAGCCAAUUUCCAGUCUGAUCCCCAUGAGUGCAGUCCUCUGGGGUAUCCAUGGUGGUCUGAAGUGGAUAUUAAGGUCGAGCCGAAGAGGUCCAAGAUGUGA